CGGCGACAAGAGCGACAGGCACGCCCAACAGCGACAAGCACGUCCAACACACACGACUUCUACUUUCCAGCACCACAGACAUACAAUAGGUAGCAAAGCAGGUAUUUGGUAGAAUGGAGUUUGGCUCUGAAAUGGUGCUCUUUGUCCCGCCUGAGAUGGAAGAGGUCCGUGUGGCCAAACCAAAGACCCGUGGCGUGUCGGCUGCCUCGGCGCAGGCUGCCAGCUCGGGCCGUGGCCUAUCGGCUGGAGCGACUGUCGGCUCGCUCAGCUCUGUGCGAACGGCAGAUGGUGGAGUGACGGCGCUGCUGGACAUUCUGGACUCUGCGGGGCAGGAGGAGUACUCGGCCAUGCGCGAUCAGUACUACCGGACUGGCGAGGGCUUUCUCCUUGUCUUUUCCCUCAACUCGCGGAGCUCUCUCGAUGAGGCGCUCAUGGUGUACGAGCAGUGCUGUCGGGUGAAGGACAGCGACAACAUUGCGGCGGUGCUGGUGGGCAACAAGUGCGAUCUGGUGGAUCAGCGCCAGGUGACGUGCGAGGAGGGCGUGGCCACGGCUGAGCGGCUUGGCAUUCCCUACUUUGAGACGUCGGCCAAGGAGCGGAUCAACGUAGAGGAGGCCUUCCACGAGUUGGCGCGCCAGUCGGUCCUCCGUGGCUACGUCGGCGCUGUUCGCUCGUACGGCGCCGAGUUCAAGCUGGUCGUUGUAGGUGGCGGCGGUGUCGGCAAGUCGGCGCUCACCAUCCAGCUCAUUCAGAACCACUUUGUCGACGAGUACGACCCGACCAUCGAGGACUCGUACCGCAAGCAGGUUGUCAUCUACGACAUGCCGCUCUCGGCUGAAGAGAAGAAGAAGAAGAGCAAGAAGAAGGGCAAGAAGGGAUUCUUCUCCAAGAUCGGUUCGAUGUUCUCGUCGUCGUCGUCGUCCAAGUCGUCGGGGAGUGGCUCGGCCGUCGGUGAGGGAAGCAAUGCUGCCAACGAGAGUGAUGACCAGGCUGACGAGUUUGACACAUACACGGUUUCCAAGCGCGAUCCGAACGUCAUGUGCGUGUCAAUGGAGUGCCUUGCACGCCAAGCGAGCGACGCCGGCGAGGAUGCGACGACGGUCAUCACCGGCGAGCCGGUGCUCUGCACCCGGUGCUCGGCGUCGCUUACGACCAACUCGAAGAUUGUAGGCGCGGGGUCUAGCGACUCUGACUCCGACGACGAUGAUGGCGACGACGAGAUCACAUGGGAGUGCGAGUUUUGCAAGGCGCACAACGAGGCGUGGGUGAGUCCGGAGGAGAUGCCGCGCGGGCCGCGGUCCGAAUACGUGCUGAGCGCAGCGACAAGCGAUGGCGCCGGCGACUCGCUGCUUGUCUUUUGCAUUGAUGUCUCCGGUUCGAUGUGCGUGACGGCUGAGGUGCCGACUGGGUUCGGGCUUGUGCAGGUGGGCGGAGUGCAAGUCGGCGGGGCAAGCAAGGGCAAGGGCAAGGACUCUGUAUUCGACACUGAGGGCGCGUCGCAGUACCUGCCUGGUCAGCGGCGCGACGCGGCGUACAUCUCGCGGAUGGCGUCUGUGCAGGGUGCACUGGCGAUGCAACUGGAGGAGGUCCGUCUGCAGAAUCCCGGGCGGCGGGUUGUCCUCAUCACGUUCUCGUCCGACGUUGUGGUGUGGGGCGACGGGCUGGUGGAGCCGCUGACGGUUGCCGGUGACCGGCUCUCGUCGUACGAGGAACUGAUCGAGGUGGGGAUGGGCUACGACGUGUCUGCGGUUGCGAGCGUGGAGGAGUCGCAGGCUGCGCUCGAGGCGCGGAUUUCAGCCAUCGAAGAGUCUGGCGCGACUGCGCUGGGCCCUGCACUCCUGCUCGCCAUCACCAUUGCGUCGCAAGUGGCACGGUCCGAGGUGGUGUUUAUGACGGACGGGCUGGCCAACACGGGCGUUGGGGCGCUGGACAGCGGCGGCGACGCCGAUGCGCGUGCUGGAGCGGCGGCGUUCUAUCAACAGCUGGGGCGGCGUGCGCAGGCCACCGGUGUCUCUGUCUCGCUGUUUGGGGUGGAGGAUGCCGAAUGUGGCAUGGACGCACUGCUUGCGGCGGCGGAGCUGUCUGGCGGGCAGGUGGACAUCGUCAAGCCGCUGGAGCUGCAGCGAGUGAUGCGGUCGAAGAUCGACAACCCAAUUCUUGGGACCGAAGUGACGGCAACAGUGUUUCUUGACGCUGGCCUGGUGUUUGCUGACGGCGACGUUGGCGAGGGCGUGACGGCGCUGAGCCCGAGCGUUCGGCAGUACGCGGUGGGCAACGCGACGGCUGCGUCGAACAUCACGGUCCGGUACAAGCUGGCCAAGGACGACGAGGUGUACGCUGCCGAGCGGGUCCCGUUCCAGGUUCAGAUCCGGUACACCAAGCUCGACGGGACGCAGUGCCUGCAGGUGUUUGCGGCGUCGCGGCCAGUGACGCGGGUGCGGGCCGAGGCGCUGGAGAGCGCUGACGUCUCGCUGCUCGGCCUCGAGGCGGCCAAGACGGUGGCGGAGCUUGUGGCGAGCGGCGAGGCCGAGCAAGCACAUCAGGUCCUGCUCUCCACCCAGCAGAUGCUCGAGCGGUGCUCGGCGACGCCGGUGCAGGCCGAGGAGUUCUCGCAGUACGAGAUGCGGAUGCAGGAUCUGAAGCUCGAGGUGGAGCGGGACCUCCGCGCUGUGGCCGAGAGCAAGAAGAAGAGCAAGAAGAGCAAGAAGGGUGCCAACGGGUGCAAGAGCCGAGCCGACCUGCGUGCCAAGAUGUUCUACCAGAUGAAGACAGCCCGGCGCGAUGUGUUUCUGGCUGGCUCGCGGAAGAACGUGGCCAUUCGCAAGGGUCAUCUGACCAAGGCAGCUGUUGCUCUUGGGCAAUGAAUGACGAUGAUGAUGA